AUGUCAGUUGGGGCCAGGUCCCACACAGACCUGCAGAUGGCUGGGAGAACCUCAGGAGACGACAGUUUGCACAAACCCUUCUCCGUGAGCAGCAGUGGCAGCAUUAACAGAGGAGGUCUUUUUGGGUGCGGGGUAACAGAAGAGAUCAAAGUUCUCGCCAGGACCCCCAGACGGCCCAUACGGGUGGUCCGGCCGGUCAGUGCUGUGACCUCUGGGGGCUCCUUUCUCCAUAUUAACCACCUACAAGGAGAACUGGUCCGGAAGAGGAAGGAAUGUGAGGACCUGAAGAAAGAAAACAAGCAUUUAUCAAAUGAAAUCCACAUGGAGAGGAUCAUGAUGCGCACAGAGAGCGAGCUGACUAUGAGGAACCUGAGGAACAUGAACCAGGAGCUGCAGCUGCAAGUGAAAGAGCUCAAACAGAAGCUGCAGCAGAGCCAGCAGAGGGCAGCGUCGUGCUCCAGAACUGCAGAGGAGGCGGAGGGCUCCAGGAGAGAGGCUGAGAAGAGCAGGGCCCUAGCUGAGGCUCGGGCCCUCAGGUGCCAGCGGGACAAAGAGGCGGCGGAGUCUGAUUGGAGAGGCCUGAGUGAAGAACUGCAGCUGCUCAAACAGGAGGUUCGUGGCAUCUGCACUGCAUGCUCACCCUUUAAACCUACAGAACAUGGAGAGUGA